AUGUUACAAAAGAUCAAGGCUCUUGACCCUGACCAAAACAACAUCGUGAAAUUCAUUGAAAAUUUCUGGUUCAAAAACAUGUCUUGUCUGGCUUUUGAAAUGCUUGACAGGAGCCUUCAUGCCCUGAUGAAAGAGAAUAAGUUCACCCUGAAGAUCCCUGAAAUUGGUUACGUGACUCAACAGCUACUGGUGGCAUUUGAUGGCCUGAAGAAUAUUGGGAUACUUCAUACGGACCUGAAACCUGACAACAUAAUGCUUGUCAAUCACACGAAUCUGCCGUUCAAAAUCAAGCUGAUCGACUUUGGUCUGGCUCUUCCAGUGAGCCAAUUGAAAGUUGGAAUGACCAUGCAGGCUACUGCAUUCAGGGCUCCAGAAGUAGUCUUGGGCCUCCCCUUGUCAGAGGCUGUCGAUAUGUGGGGAGUAGGCUGUGUCAUGGCAUAUAUGUACUUUGGCAAUAACCUCUUCCCUAACAGCUGUAAGUAUCAUUGGAUGGAAACUGUGGUGCGCUUGCUGGGCCAGCCAGAUGAUCACCAGUUACUUGCUGGAAAAUACAGCCGGAGGUAUUUCAUCUGUGAUGAUCAGACUGGAGUUUGGAGACUAAGGACACAAAAGGAGUACCAUGGCCGUACAAACAUUGCCUGGACGCGUUUUAACUUGGCUAAGAAUUUGGAGGAUGCAAUAAAAGUAAACGAGCCUGAAGAUAUGGCUUUUUUCGACUUCCUGAAAUGCUGUCUGCAUACAUCAGCUGAACAUAGAAUUAGUCCCAAGGAUGCUCUUAAUCACCGUUUUAUAACAGGGGUUCACCUGGUUUAUGAAGAGGAAACCAAACAUCUGGAUAAAUCAAACGAUUCCCCAGACCAAGAGGAUUCCCAUGCUGUAGAUAUGGAUUAUGAAACUGAGAGGGAAUCAGCCAAUAACUCCUGGUGGGAUGAAGAGACACGCCAUAAGAGAAAUUUUGGGCUCUGUUUAAAGUCCAAUGAAGGUUCAGCGCCCACAGGCUCGGCAUGUACAUCAGCAAUGACCUUGUCCUGCAGUGAAGGGUCUGAACUGAUGAGGAUUUCAGUUGGGGAAUCCUACAGACACCGGAGAAGUUUAAAGCUGUGUGUAAAUGUGAAAGAAGGUUUAACCUCCCCUGGCCUGGCCUAUAUCAGCAAUUAUCUCAUCCUGCAGUGA